AUGGAAGCCAACUCCUCAGAAAUGGUUCGCGAGCUGCACGGCGACUUACAACGCAAAUGGAAAGCUCAUGGCCCCAGAGUCGAAACUGCCUGGCGCUCAUUCAACAAAGCUCAACGCGCGAAAUGCAUGAAAGCCGGCUCGGCAGAUGGAGUUGUCCUCAAGCACUCGUCGGACGUAUCGCUAGGCAACGUCUACAAAUUCAUUCCCGAGUGGAACCUCGUGGACAUCACAGCUCCUAACUCAGACUUCCUCCUCGACAUUCUCAAGCAUCGCGCCACCAAGACCCUUUUUGAACAGUAUGCUGAAGGCGUUAGUGGCACGCUUGGUGACCGCCAUCUCAUCGAGAAGAUGGUUCGGGAGAAGAACCUUCGUCACGUCGACCCGUUCAAGCAUUCCUAUACCUACUUCUACGACGAAAAGUACGGAGAGUCUUUCACGGUCCAGCCCAGGCAUCUUGAGGAGGUUAUGAAAGGUCUACGCAUCGCUGUUGACCAUGGCGUUCUCAUCCCGCGAUCUCUUGGAGAGCUGGUUCUUCAACGACAAAUCACUAUUCUUCAACUGCUCAAUGUGAUGAUCGAAGAUAUCCUCGAUCAAGGAUCACAGACCAGAGCGCGAAGCGGAGCGAAGAAGCAGUCUAAGAAUGCACCUCUUUCCGAGUCUGCCUCCAAACAGACAACCGUUAAACUUACGCCCCAGGAAAUGGCCGCCAUCGCUUCUGACCGAAAGUCCUCCCUCGAGGAGUAUUUGUCACUUCUCAGAACCGAGCCUACAGUCCUAUGCCCCGGUGUCAACGUCCAGUUCUUCAGCCGUCCUGAGCUUGUGCCUGACGAAAAAGGUCGCUCGCUGCCUGUUCAUACCGACAAGUACAUCGGACCCGCCUCCAAGGCGCAUCCUCUGGAGCGAGAGAAGCUUGACGAGAGGGAGUCCCGGACUCUGCACGACGUUGCUGCCAUCGUAGCAUUCUUCCAGGAUUUUUCUAGAGUGUACUCACUUCCAUCGGCGUCACGAAAGAAAGGAAAUCUGCUGGUCGCUGGCCUGCAAGAGGUUGAUACUGAGCUCAACCAGAUCAAGAAGGAAGUUGACCUGCGCGACUAUGCUGCACCCAUCGACAAUCUCCUAGAACCUGGCAUACGGGCACAAAGAUGGAUGACAUCUCUUUACCAAGAUGAACUAGAGAAGGCAUUCCGAAACGUUGAAGAACAGUACCAGCAGGCCAAGAAUAAGGCGAAUACGGAUAGCAAGACGGAUUUCGUUCCCAUCGACACCGCUCCCGUGGACACAAAGGAAAGAAUCGAGACUCGAAGACAGAAGGAAAAGACACGCCCAGAACAUUCCUCCGUCUACGCGAUUACCCCAAUCACAGACUCUGCUGAGGAAAAGGAACCUGGAAAGCCAACACAGCCACUAAAGGUCAGCUCAUCGACAGCCGAGGUUUUCGCGACCCUCUUCGACAAGACUCAGUCACGAGGAUCCGUCAGCUGGUCAUCAUUCGAGGCGGCCAUGUCCGAACUCGGAUUUUCGGUGCUGCCCGGAUUUGGAUCUGUGUACACGUUCAGACCUUCUGAGGAUAUGGAUAUCAAGCGGCCUGUUAGCAUUCACCGGCCUCACCAGUCGCAAAUCGAGGGCUAUUUGACCCUGAUUUUGGCGAGACGCCUGAACCGGGCUUUUGGAUGGAGUGAGGAGUCAUUUGUCACUGAGUAAGAGUGUCUCGUGUCACAAGCAUAUAUCUGGAAGGAUACUGUCUAUUUUGGGAUAGAUAGACAAAAUGUCGCGAUGUCUGCAACUGUAUUUCAAAUGUUAGAGUUUAGAAUGGCUCAAAGGCUCUCCAUCUCGUCACAGAUUGAUCGACAUUACCACGC